AACAGUAGAAAAUUAUCUACACGGACUACUUACCUUUCCAAAUGGUCACGCUUCUCAUCGUGGUGUUCCCAAAAGGAUCUGAACCCGGUCUCCUCACCUCUGCAGUGUAUCCUAGACUACCUGGUACACCUCAAGAAUUUAGGCCUCACCUGCGCUUCCAUCAGAGUUCAUGUCGCUGCAAUUGCAGCCUUUCACCAGCCGAUCGACGGAUGUUCAGUAUUUCCCAUCCAACAACUAAAAGGUUCUUGAAGGGAAUGUCCAACCUGUACCCGCACUAUACUCAACCAGCGGAUCCUUGGGACCUCAAAAUGGUUCUCAAUUCCCUAACGGCCAGACCCUUCGAACCGCUAGCGACUUGCACUUUAUAUGACCUGUCCAUGAAGGUCAUUUUCUUAUUGGCUAUUACUUCCGCGAGGAGAGUGAGUGAGCUAACUGCACUAUCAGCUUCCCCUCCUUAUACAAUUUUUACGCACCAAGGAGUAAUACUCCGAACGCAACCACGUUUUCGCCCCAAAGUGAUCUCUCGAUUUCACAUCAACGAGCCUAUAAUCCUCCCUAGAUUCCAUCCCAAACCACAUGCGUCACCAGAACACGCACGCUUGCACACUUUGGACGUCAGACGGGCUCUCGCCUUUUACAUCGAGAGGACCAGACCGUUCCGUGUGACGGAUUCGUUAUUAAUAUCAAUGACGGACCGUUCUAAAGGUCGCCCAUUGUCCGCUCAACGCAUCUCCUCUACUAUCGUACAGUGCAUAAGGUCCUGUUAUGAACUACGUAAGAAACCACUGCCCUCAACCCUGAGGGCCCACUUGACUCAAGCGGUCGCUACGUCCACUGCAUUCCUCAAGGGAGUCCCCUUGAUAGAUACCUGCAGAGCUGCUACGCAGCCUUCCGACCUAACCUUCGCCAAUCAUUACGCCAUCCCGAACCUGUUAAUACCUGAAUCCACAGUGGUGACAGCGGUGUUCUCCUCAGCUACGGCAAGCUAGCUCCCAACCCUCCUCCAUUCGCGAGCUACUGUACCUACAGUGGAGCACCCACGGGACACUGCUCG